AUGAUUGAUCCACCACAAAGAGAACUACCAGCAAUAGAGAUUGAGACAGUCCAACUCCAUGUAGCUGAACUUGCAGUUUCUCCACCAACAAUACGACCUACUGUUGCAGAAUUCGUUGAACAACCACAUGAUGCACUUGCCGUACAUACGGUAUGUCAGCAAUUGACUCCUGCGAAUCUUCGAUCAACUUAUAUGCAAGUUCCAACUCUUCCUAUCAUAAAAGCAUUUCGACGUGUACCAAAAUUCGCAAAAUUUAUGCCAUCUUGUCUUACUUCUGCUAUACAUGCAUCUAGUCCAAAAAAUGGAUUGGUAAAGGAGGAAGUUGCUGCAAUAAAAGCAUAUACGGCUCAAUGCGACGUUUAUACACUUCUCAAUCAAGCACUUCGUAGUGAACAACUCAAGAAUAUUCGACCUUGGUUUUCUUAUUUGAAACUUUUUCACAUGGCUAUUAACAAAUUGAAACCAAAGACAGGAGAAUAUUGUCGUGGAGAAAAUAUUGACCAAAGUAGUAAAUAUCAAGUCGGUUCUAUUGUGACUUGGGUACGUAAAUGGGGCGUCACAUCGUUAUCUGCAUUACCAUCAGUAUGUCUUGGAUUUGCAAAACCCAAUUAUAUGGGACAGUACAGUGGUGUUCUUUAUUCAGUGUUAUCUUAUUCAGCAAGAGAUAUAUCAGUUUUUUCCAACUUUCCUGGUGAAGCUGAAUCAAUUUUAUUACCGGAUGUUAAUAAACCACCAUCAAAUUCAAUCUCUCCAUUCAAGUCAACAGCAAAAUGGAAAAAUAAUUAUCCAAAAAAACCCUACUACUACAUCUAA